GCCAAUGACAAGUAAAUUUCUACGUUUGCGUACAGUUGUAUAUUAAUGUAAUUAGAAGAAUCUGAAGGAAAGGAUAAUUUAACAAUUAAAAUUAAAUAAAGCAAUACAAAUGGCACGUCGUUAUGAUUCUAGGACAACGACUUUUUCACCCGAGGGCCGUCUUUAUCAAGUGGAAUAUGCUAUGGAAGCUAUUUCACAUGCAGGCACUUGUUUGGGUAUACUAGCAGAAGAUGGAAUAUUAUUAGCCGCAGAAUGUCGUAAUACAAACAAAUUGUUGGACGGAAGUAUAUUUUCUGAAAAGAUUUACAAACUAAAUGAUAAUAUGGUAUGUUCGGUGGCUGGUAUAACAUCGGAUGCUAAUGUGUUGACUAAUGAACUGCGCAUCAUUGCUCAACGUUAUCAAUUCAGUUAUGGCGAAUCAAUGCCUUGUGAACAGUUAGUUUCGUAUUUAUGCGACAUUAAGCAGGCGUAUACUCAAUAUGGUGGUAAACGUCCUUUUGGCGUUUCUAUUCUAUAUAUGGGCUGGGAUAAGCACUACGGUUACCAAUUGUACCAAUCGGAUCCAAGCGGUAAUUACGGAGGAUGGAAAGCUACUUGCAUUGGCAAUAAUUUUAGCGCAGCCAUAUCUAUGCUUAAACAAGAGCUAAGUGAAAAAGAUAAGAUAACUUUAGAAAAGGCUAAAGAUCUUGCCGUAAAGGUACUUAGCAAAACCUUGGAUACCACUAAGUUAACCUCAGAAAAAAUUGAAAUGGCCACGUUGCAACGUAGCAGCGAUAAAACAAAAAUUAAUAUUUUGACCAAAUCUGAUGUGGAUCAAUUGAUCGAAAAAUAUACUAAACAAGAAGCUGCUGCAGAAGCAGCCAAAAAGGAGAAACAAGCAGCCCAAAAGCCUUAAAUUAUCCAACUUUUU